AUGAUUUUUCAAAAACUAUUGCAAAACGGAAAAUCAAUUCAUCUAUACAAUCGAUACGAUAAGCAGAGGAGAACGAGAAAGAACAGAAUGAAUGGCGAAUGGAAAAAUGACUGCUUCAGUUCUCAACAGUUUUCAUCAGUCAAUAAUGAGACUGAGAACAAUAUUUACGAGCCCGAGAACUGGGAUUCCCACAAGAUGCUUACUGAUGAACUCAGUUUUGGAGAUUCCAAUGACUUCGGAAGCAGCCAAGAAGAUUUGGAUAAUUCCUUCUAA